CAAUCAUACGGCUGCUUCUGGGUGAUCCAAGAUGGCGGCCUCCAGCGCUCGGUAUCGUACAUCAUCAUAAUUUAACACAAAAACAUUUUUAAAGGACUACAAACUUUGGGGAAGGUGAAAGGGGCCAAGCGGCGGGACGGUAUCGCCGGUUGACCACGGAGACGGACCCCCAUGAGGUAUCGGUCUGGGUAGACUCGGUGUGACGGACUAUUGAAGUAUGGCGACCGAGAACCGAAUCCACUUCUGGAGGAGGAACGUGAAGGUUCCCGGAAGUAUUCAGCCAGUUUAUGGAGCUCAGCAUCCACCCCUCGACCCCCGACUGCGGCGCACGUUCGCCAAAGAAGCCGCCAAGCCAAACCUCAACAAUCUGAAGUCCAAGAAGCCCUCUAGUUUCCACGAAUUUGCGCGUAGCACCAACGAUGCCUGGGACAUCGACGAUGAUGAGGAGGACGAAGAAUUCCUGGCUGCCCAUCAGACGUCACUGACGCCCAGCCUGCACCCCUCCCCUCCUCUCCAGCAGUACCCAGGGCCGUCCCUGCACCAGGCGGACCUCGCUGACCGCCUGACUCCUCUGGGGGCAGCCGGCCUGAACCCCCAGGAGGAGCAGGAGCCUGACUGCGAGGAAGAGGCGCAGCAGGACGAAGGAGAGGAGGAAGAGUGCGGAGAGUUCAAUGGCAGGGUGGGCAAGUCCAGCAGUGAUGCCCACCUCGGCGAUUCCUCAGUUCGAUCCACGCUGCAGAAGCAGAAGUCCCUCCCGAUGAGACCCAUCAUCCCGCUGAUCGCACGCAUCUCGGACCAGAACGCGUCGGGAGCGCCGCCCAUGACGGUGCGAGAGAAGAGUCGGCAGGACAAGUUCCGCCAGCUGCUGGCCAGCCCCAACACCGACCUGGAGGAGCUGCGGAAGAGCAGCUGGUCAGGCAUCCCAAGAGAGGUCCGACCAAUCACCUGGAGGCUUCUCUCUGGCUACCUUCCUGCCAACAUGGAGCGCAGGGAUCUGGUGCUGAAGAGGAAGCGAGACGAGUACUUUGGCUUCAUAGAGCAGUACUACCACUCCAGAACAGACGAGCACUUCAAAGACACAUACAGACAGAUCCACAUCGACAUUCCCAGAACCAACCCUCUGAUCCCCCUGUUCCAGCAGCCGACGGUGCAAGAGGUGUUUGAGCGCAUCCUGUUCAUCUGGGCGAUCCGCCACCCUGCCAGUGGCUACGUCCAGGGGAUCAACGACCUGGUCACACCCUUCUUCGUAGUUUUCCUUUCGGAAUUUGUGGAGGAGGAUGUGGAGAACUUUGAGAUGGCCGGCCUUCCUCUGGAGACACAGAGGAACAUUGAAGCAGACAGCUUCUGGUGUAUGAGCAAGCUGCUGGAUGGAAUACAGGACAACUACACGUUUGCUCAGCCCGGAAUCCAGAACAAAGUGAAGGACCUGGAGGAACUGGUCAGCAGGAUAGACAUGGACAUCCAUGGUCACCUGAAGAGGUACGAGGUGGAGUACCUGCAGUUUGCGUUCCGCUGGAUGAACAACCUGCUGAUGAGAGAGCUACCGCUGCGCUGCACCAUACGGGUCUGGGACACCUACCAGGCGGAGGCUGAAGGCUUCUCCAACUUCCACUUGUACGUGUGCGCUGCGUUCCUCAUUGAGUGGCGCAAAGAGAUCCUGUCCAUGGUCGACUUUCAGGGGCUUCUCAUGCUACUUCAGAACCUUCCCACAAUCCACUGGGGUAACGAGGAAGUGGGUCUACUUCUCGCUGAAGCUUACAGACUUAAGUAUAUGUUUGCAGAUGCACCAAAUCACUACAAGAGAUAAGCCAGGGCCUUCAAAGUUACCACAAGCAGCAGUUUGAUGGCUUCCCUUUAAAUUAAAUCCACUGUUUGGAAUGGACUUCUUCCAAUGUUUGAAGCACUCCAGGUAAAUUGUGUCUAAUGAAAACUAGGCCAGACAUAUCGACAGGGAAAUAAACAAUGUACAGCAAAUACACUAUACGUGUAAAUUAAGGGCAACUCCUCAAACUUCCGUCAUGGUACUCCGUUGUACAAAAUAUCUAUGUUUGCUAAGUUCAAUGUGUGGGUAUGGAGGGGGGUUCACCAAGGCUCUGUUUAAGUGCUUUAGUCCAUCUCCAGUUUAAGGACAGUUUAAAUUUAUUCCCACAUAUUGAUAGAAGUCUUGUUUGGUGAUGGAACCAAUGGAACUGGUCGAUAUUGUUUGGCAGACUUUCUCAUGGACAGCUCCAGUUUAACUCCUGGUCACAUGGAAUCGUGUUUUACUCAUACCUGAUGAGGUCAUGCAGCAUUGAUUGUUUUUACUUGUUAUAGUAAAAAUAGUGUAAAUAAUAGGUAAUGUUUGUGAGACCAUCCUUUUUAUUAAAAAGAUGGUGUCCAAUGGAGUCUACAGAUUUAUAUUUUCUUCAAAAAUUGUCUCUGUGAUUGUUUUUACAAGGUAAAGGACAAAACACAGGCUGUGUUUUUAUUUUAAUAUCAUACUGGCCGGUUGGGAUGAAAAGGUUCCGAUUCCCAGAGAUCUGGUGGGGCUUUUUUUCCCGGUCAGAAGACUGAUUCUCCAGGCAGUCAACCCUUCAGUCUGUCGGGACUGAAAUGGUCAUAUUGAGCCUAACUCGGAGCCAUGACCUCAUCUUCUUUUCUGAUUUACUUUGCCAUUUAAAGAAAAUAAAAUAUUUGUAUGGAUAUUAAAUAUGGCCACCUUUCUAUAUCUGGCCUUCAUUCUUCUGUUGUAUUUCAGGUUCCCUUGGUGCAGUUUAAGUUACCAAAUAUGUUCUAGCUCUCCUUUGGGCUCUGAUGUUCACUCCAGAAUAGUACGUAGCCUUCCUACAUGCUGAUGCCUUUUCAUAGUGACCUUUUGUAACACACUGUUGUCACUUUGUUGAAGUGAUACUCCAGAGAUGUUCCUCUUUCUAGUGAUGUAGCUACUCCACAUCACUGAUUAGUUCAAACAAAUUAAACAUUUGAUUAAAUAGUUACAAAUAUCAAAUAGUAUCAAAUAUUCUGUUUGAGAAAUGGUUGAAUUUACUACGUUUGCCUUGGUACUAGCUAAUAGUAAGUACAUUUUAAGUUUCCAUUCCAAUAUAACUAGAGUAUGGUAGAGAAAUGAUCUCCUUGAUUAUUAUAAAGAAUGUAAUUAAUUUAACAGGCCGGUAGAGAAGCCUUCUGUAGUGUCACUCAAUCGGUUUGUGUUUUUUUGUUUCUGGUACCUAUAACUGUGACUGCCUAGUCGUGUGAUCCAGGUUCAUUUGUGUCCAGGAUUAUCGCGAUCAUUUAUGUUCAGUUUUUAUUUUCUUUAUGGAAUGUGAAUACAUGUGAUACUACUUUAGUCAUAACCAGGAUAAUUAUCCUGCACAAUGUGAGGAAGAAGACAAUCAUUAAACGUGGUACUUAUUUGUGGGUUGUUUUUUCAAACAUAAAUGAACAGCCUUGUAGCAAAUAUGUAACUUGAUGAGAAUGUAGUGAAUACUAAUUAGAAAUGCACAAGAUAUGGUUGGACGAUAAUCUGAGUAGUCAACAGUAUUGAUUUAAUAUUGUGAUGAAACAUACUGCAAUGUUGAAAAUGGUGUUUAUACCACAACAUUGCAGUUGUUUGAAGUAAACUUGAAUGCUUUGCUAUUUGGCAGCUACAAUUACAGCCCUUACGGGGGGGUUUGGCUAAGAGAAGGCAUGUUACAUAAUCCAGAAGUGUCAAUUAAUUUGUUUGUUGCAAAGAGUGCAUUUAAAUUCCCUGAUAUCAAGCAUGAUGUGUAGCAAUGAAGAGCCAAUCAGAUACUGAGGCUACACGUUGAUCUCUCAGAAUUCGCAGGGAUUCAAUCAUUGACCAAAGUAAUGUUGGACGCUUAAUAGAAGAGAUUUUUUUUCCACACAAAUGAUCAGCAUUGCCUGUUGUCUUUUUUUCUGGUUACAUAAAUGCAUCUAAAUUAAAUGUACAGACUACGAAGUAUAGUAUUGGUCAUUUAGUGUUCGCUCAUUAUUAUAAAUUGCAUAUUCUGCAAACCUGUUACAUACAUACAUUUUUUAUUAAAGCUGUCUUUCUCCAGGUCUGUUUUUCUUCUAAUUUGCCUUGACUGAGAAACACUUUAAUUGUAUGUACUUCACAUUAAUUAAAAUGUAUUUUGAGCAACUUCCCGUUGCUUGCCAAGAACAUUAUGCACUGAAGACUUGAAUCGGUAAUGUGUAAUAGUGUUUCCCCUAGAUUUUUUUGGAGCAGUGGUAAAAUGUACAGAGUCAUCGGACUAAGUCAAGGUAUCUGCUGAGACUAGAUCAUUGUGCAAAUGUGCCUUGAACUUGGCAGAAACUUGUUUUUUUUCACAAAUGCAUAGAGGGGAAACACUAAUAACCCAUUCUUGUAGACAAUGGAACAAUAACUUGCACAACACUAAAAUACCUACCAUUUUGACGCCUACAUGUACUUGGUGUCAUACCAUUUAGAAACAUGUAGGACCUGAAACACACUGAAUACAAGAUAAUUCCAACAGAAACAAAACUGAAGCAGUUAGGAGCAACUUAAAAAUAAGAACAUACUGCUAACUGAAAUUCAAAAUACAAUAAAAGCAGCCAGGGUAAGGGUUAAAACCCCUGAAAGAGGAUUGUUUUGCACAGCUUCUUUCUCGUGCUUCCUUUCUGAAGUUCAAGAGGCGUGUUUGGCAAUGUGGUGCAGCCUUAUCUUAUGAAACACUGACACAACCAAUGAUAACAAGUCCGAAUGGUGGUUGUCGAUGCCAAAUUGUGUCUCCUCAAUGUGUCCCCCAAGCAGAAAUACAUCCUCUGUUCCAAUCUCCCCUCGGACGAUGUGUAGGACUGUCGACACCUUAGGAGCUUGAGCUUGCAUUGUUGAAGCUUGGCGGAUCACACUCUCUGCAGCUCUCAGCACCUUAUAAUAAUCAUAACAAUAAUAAAAAAUUAUAUUUAUAUAGUGCUUUACACAGUGCUCAAAGACACUUUGAACAGACACUACAGAACAGAGAAAAUAAGAAAAAAGCAACUUGAAUAUUCAAAGACUAACAGAUAAAAAAAUAAAUAAUAAUCAAACCUUCACUGAGCCUAGUGAUGGAAUCACUAGGCCACCAUUGUUUUUCAGGGUCAGAAGGUGGAAGUUCUUGUCAAAUGAAGAUGGCACGGCCUCUCUGACCAAGGCUCCAACGGCACACAGCUGCAGUCCUGUGAGUACUCAUGGCCCUGCUUUGCCACGAAGUCCGUCUUAAGGUCUGAAAUGUUAUGAGCAAAGAUGAAUUAGUCCGCUUCAGAUAAUAACCAAGGAGUUUAAUAAAGAGUAACAAUAACAUGUGCAUGAAUUUCAAAGUGCUAAUUUUGUCUUACCUGAGUAAAAUGCAAGCUUCUCUCUGAGCUCUUCAUUAAUUAGGUUAUUUUCCCUUAAAUCCCCCAAAAGACCCUUCACUGUGGUUUUUGCCCUCUUUUCUCUGGACAUGGCAUUCUUCUUUUCUCGCGCCAGACUUUCCACUCUUGCCAGGUGUUCAUUGACUUUGGCCUUAACAGCGGUAGGAGAAGCAGGCAAGGCAUAGCCAUGAUCCUAGUAGAAAAAGGGACAAACAGGGUUUGAGUAAUGUUCCACUAGACAUGGUCCUAGUAGAAAGAAAGAGGGAUAAACAUGGUUUGAGUAAUGUUUCACUUCACAAACAUCACUUUGACACAACUAGUUUAAUAAUAAUAAUAAAUGGAAUUUAUAUAGCGCUUAAUAUGGUACUCUAAGACGCUUUACAUAUUGCCCUAUCAAAACUAUGUAAGACAGACUAGGAAUAAAAGAAAAACAGAGGUUAAACAUGAAGAAUAAGGUGGGAGUUAGGUGGGGAAGACUAGUGUUAAAAGGUAUGUUUUGAGGGCAGAUUUGAAAGAAGAGAGGGUUGGGGCAGCAGUUUAUGGCCCACGUCCACAUUCUUUGUUAUAGUCAUCAGCUAUCAAAGCCAGUUAAUUGUGAGUGUGUUUAACAUGAGUGGCAGCAAAACAAGUGAGAUUUUAAUAUGUCCAGGAACAUUAUGUAUGAUGUUGAAAGUAGAAAUACUCACAUCAUAAGGCUGAGGUUGUGGGUGGGAGGUUGUCAUUUCUGGGGAAUCGUUAGAGGCCACGGACAGGCUUUCGUCAGCUCUUCUGGAGGUAGAAGCAGCCCUGCCCUUUGCCAAAUGAAAUGAAGAAACAUUAUACAUAAUACAUAAUACAAUAUAUAAAAGGAUACGUUGGUUUGUCAAUAGAAUAUUUACAUUUAUGAAUGCUAAUAGUCUAAUGAUGAUCCACCUACCUUUUGGAGGUGAACCGGGAAUCUGAAGAGGGAUGGAAUAACACCAUCACGUAGUCUGACAAUCUGACCCGUCCUGUCAAAAUCAGCCUGCUUAAAAUGUUGACUGCACACAACUGAAUAAUCACUUGCAGUGAAUCCUUCUCUCCUCAAAGCCACUUCCCACUUCUUCCUCACAUCUUUGUCUUUGGGAAACCUUCAAAAGUGUCAGAUGUAAUCUAGGUCAGUGCUUAUGGAAUAUGAUUUAUCAAGUCUCAGUUCAUAGCCGGGUGAACACAUAUUCUAGUUCAACAGUAAUCCCAAGAUUAGAUACCCCAUUCCAGGUGUCAGGUAAGUGUGGCAGGGCCUUUUCCUGUUUAUC